AUGGCCGCCUCUCAACACCAGCAGCAGCCGGACCUUCGCGGCAAGCGCCGAGACACCUACCGUGCCUUCGCGGAAAACGGCCGGGAUCAAAAGAGGAAGCUGGCAAAAGAGAAGGAAAGGUUCUUCGAGCAGAAUGGCGGUCAGAUACUGUUGCAGCAGAUCCUCUCUAGACAAGUCCAAACAGUGGAACUAUUCGGCAUAGAAGACCUCAAGAAGGCGACGGACAAUUUCGACAAGAGCAGGGAGCUGGGCGUAGGGGGCAACGGCACCGUGUACAAGGCCAUUUUGGAGGACAACAGGAUCAACCACAGGAACGUGGUCAGGCUUUUAGGCUGCUGCUUGCAAGUGGAAGUGCCGAUUUUGGUGUACGAGUACAUCCCGAACGGCACUCUCUUUCAGCUGAUCCAUGGCAGCAGGGCACCCAUCUCGUUGGAGGCCCGUCUGAAAAUUGCCCAGGAAUCUGCUGAAGCACUGUCGUAUCUGCACCUCUCAACCAACCGCCCCAUAGUCCAUGGGGACGUGAAGUCUCUGAACAUUCUCCUAGAUGAGGACUACAUGGCGAAAGUUACUGACUUCGGGGCAUCCAGGAUUCUCCCCAAGGAGGCGGUUCAGCUCAUGACGAUGGUGCAAGGGACUCUGGGCUACCUUGACCCUGAGUACCUGCAAGAGCGUAAACUCACGGAGAAGAGCGACGUGUACAGCUUUGGAGUUGUGCUUCUGGAGCUGAUCACAAGGAAGUCUUCGAUAUCGUUCGAGGGACCCGAGGAGGAAAAAGGUCUCGCAUCCUCCUUCCUGCAAGCACGGAGGGAGAACAGAGUGAAUUGCUUGUUGGACACCAGCAUAGUGGGCGUGGGAUUGGAGGCACCGCUGCAGGAAGUUGUUGAGCUGGCUAGCUGGUGCCUGAGUUCCAAAGGGGAGGACGGGCCUUCCAUGACCCAGUCUGACACCCCUCUUGAUAAUGACAAUGACAAGGAAAAGCCUGUUGAUGCAUUUGACUGA